AGAGUUGCCCCUGUUGCAUCAAAAACUCAAAUAAGCAUAAAUUGGCCAUCUUCUCCACAAAAAGUCAAAACCCAAAUGAUUUUGCAUUCAUAAAUUUAUAUAAUCUGAACAUGAUUUUGACAUACGAAAAUAAUUCAAUUAAAUAAGUAAAUAAUAUGAUUUCCAUCGCUCUGAACUUGUUCAAAAAACUUGCUUAGUUUUUAAUUCAAUUUAAGAUCAGGAAAUCAAUUUCUAGUUUGUUUUUUUUUUUUUAAUCUGAAAUUAGAGGGAAAAAUCGGCAGAGAUGAAGUUGGCGCCGAGAGAGAUUGAGAAAUUGAUGCUCCACAAUGCCGGAGCGUUGGCGCAGAAGCGUUUGGCGCGUGGAGUAAGGCUUAACCACGUUGAAGCCGUUGCUCUGAUUGCGACGCAGAUACUGGAAUUCGUUCGGAAUGGGGAUAAAAGCGUGGUGGAAUUGAUGGAUAUUGGUAGGCAAUUGCUAGGAAGGAGGCAAGUUCUUCCCUCUGUUCCUUAUCUCUUGGAGACGGUCCAGGUAGAGGGGACCUUUCCGGAUGGAACAAAGUUGAUAACGAUCCACGAUCCCAUAUCGUGUGAAAACGGAAAUCUGGAACUAGCUUUGCACGGAUCUUUCUUCCCAGUUCCUUCUUUAGACAAGUUUCCUCCAGUUGAAAUUUGUAAUAUUCCCGGUGAAUUAUUUUUUGGGCCUGGACGUAUUACACUUAACUUGGGAAGGAAAGCCAUAGUUCUCAAAGUAACCAACACAGGGGACAGGCCUAUUCAGGUUGGGAGUCACUAUCAUUUUAUUGAAGUCAACCCGUACUUAGUUUUUGAUCGAAGAAAAGCAUACGGCCUGAGGCUAAAUAUCCCUGCAGGAACAGCCACUCGUUUUGAGCCAGGGGACACAAAAAGUGUUACCCUUGUCAGAAUUGGAGGUGAACAAGUUAUUCGGGGAGGAAAUAAUAUUGCUGAUGGUCAGGUGAACGAUACCAACAUCACAUCAGUGAUGAAAGCCGUACAUGAAGGAAGAUACGGUUUUUCAGAGGAAGCAAAUGCUAUGGAAGGUGUCAUUGAACAGGGUUCUUCUUUUUCCUAUUCAAUGUCUCAUGAAACCUACGCUAAUAUGUAUGGUCCUACCACUGGCGAUAAAAUUCGUCUUGGGGACACUGAUUUAUUAGCGGAAAUUGAGAGAGAUUAUGCUGUUUACGGGGAUGAGUGUGUAUUUGGUGGUGGAAAAGUUCUGAGAGACGGAAUGGGGCAGGCCUCUGGAUAUCAAUUAAGUGAUUGUUUGGAAACUGUAAUAACAAAUGCCGUAAUAAUUGAUUACACAGGAAUAUAUAAGGCGGAUAUAGGCAUCAAAGAUGGUUAUAUUACUUCUAUUGGGAAAGCAGGUAACCCAGAUAUCAUGAAUGACGUGUCACCCGACAUGAUUAUAGGAGUAAAUACUGAGGUUAUCGCUGGAGAAGGAAUGAUUGUUACUGCAGGAGCUAUAGAUUGCCAUGUGCAUUUUAUAUGCCCUCAAUUAGCUUAUGAAGCAAUAACAAGUGGCAUCACUACGUUGGUGGGAGGUGGUACAGGACCUGCUCAUGGGACCCGAGCAACUACUUGUACCCCAGCACCAUUCCACAUGAAACUAAUGUUGCAAUCAACCGAUGAGUUGCCCCUCAAUUUUGGGUUUACAGGAAAAGGUAACUCCUCCAAAGAAGAGGGCCUACAUGAAAUAAUCAAAGCUGGAGCUAUGGGGUUGAAGCUCCACGAAGACUGGGGAACUACUCCAGCUGCAAUAGAUAAAUGUUUGUCUGUUGCCGAAUUAUACGACAUUCAGGUUAAUAUACACACCGACACAUUAAACGAAUCUGGAUUUGUCGAGCAUACAAUUGCUGCAUUUAAAGAUCGAACUAUUCAUACUUACCACAGUGAAGGUGCAGGCGGUGGUCAUGCUCCAGAUAUUAUUAAAGUUUGUGGUGUAAAAAAUGUUCUCCCCUCUUCAACUAACCCGACACGCCCUUUCACCACCAAUACUGUAGACGAACACCUUGACAUGCUUAUGGUCUGCCAUCACCUUGACAAAAAUAUCAGAGAGGAUGUUGCUUUUGCCGAGUCACGAAUUCGUGCUGAAACAAUUGCUGCAGAAGACAUUUUGCAUGAUAUGGGAGCGAUAAGUAUCAUAUCUUCUGAUUCUCAAGCUAUGGGUCGGAUUGGAGAGGUAAUUUGCAGAACUUGGCAGACUGCGAACAAGAUGAAGUCAGUCAGAGGACCACUCGAAAGCAGUGCACCACAAAAUGAUAACUUACGUAUCAAGAGAUACAUUGCAAAGUACACAAUUAACCCUGCUAUAGCUUGUGGUUUUUCUAAGUAUGUUGGAUCUGUUGAGGUAGGCAAGCUUGCUGAUCUUAUUAUAUGGAAACCGGCAUUUUUUGGAACCAAACCUGAGAUGGUCGUAAAAGGUGGAACAAUAGCAUGGUCUGAUAUGGGUGAUCCAAAUGCAAGCAUCCCCACUCCAGAACCGGUGACAAUGAGGCCCAUGUUUGGAGCAUUUGGCAAGGCUGCUAGUUCCAAUUCAAUCGCUUUUGUCAGCAAGGUGGCUCUGGAUUUGGGAAUAAAAGAACAUUAUGGACUUAACAAAAGGUUGGAAGCUGUAAGCAAUGUGAGGAAGCUCACAAAGCUCGAUAUGAAGCUGAACGACGCACUUCCUCAGAUCACAGUCGACCCAGAGGCAUACACAGUCACUGCAGAUGGCGAGGUUCUUACAUGCACCGCUGCUGCCACAGUUCCGCUUUCACGUAAUUACUUCCUUUUCUAACUCUCGCUCGUUUAUUCAGGUUUGUUUAAGUACUAUAGUAAACUAAUUUUUUUUACGAUGAAAUAAUAUACUUGUGGGGAGUGUAUUUAGUGUUGCCUGGAAAAGCUGGUGUGGACAUAAAUUAUCAUACAUACAUACAUACUCUGGGCUGUAAUAGUUAUGUAGUUAUACAAUUUGCAAAUCAUGGUUUGCCAAAACACAGUCACUUGCAUUAUUAUUUAAUUAUUGUUGUUGUUAUUACUUAAUUAUGUAUUUCUAACUUGCUAAAUGAAUCAUUAACAUU